GCUCCGCGCCAGACACUUCCUCGACUCGUUUAACCAGUCAGGUUUUGGGAGUUUCACUCUUUCUCACAUUAUAAGCUCGUUUCAAAUCGAUAGUUUAAUCGAAAGCAGAACUUUUUUCUCGGGCAGAGUUGCUGAAGUUGCAGACUUUGCAUUCGUGGUCCUGAAACACACAGAAUGACUGAAGCAUUCUCAGGUGAGCAGCACACGCGCGUUCACGCGGACCGGUCCCCCGGGUUCCUGGAGCGUCUGAGCGCGAGCACCGGCGGCGUGAUCGCGGGCAUCUGUCUGUUCGCGCUGUCGUUCUACGUGCUCUUCACGAAUGAGGGGCGCGCUCUGCGCACGGCCUCGGCUCUGGAUGAGGGUCUCAAACAGGUCGUGUCUCUUCAUCCGGACGUGAUGUUGGACCCCCAGAAUGACGGGCGUCUGGUUCACCUGUCCGGGCCGCUGCGGACCGCGCAGCCGCUGUACGAUCCGAACUACAGUGUGACGGUGCAGGCGGUGAAGCUGCAGAGGCAGGUGGAGAUGUACCAGUGGGUGGAGUACAGCGAGAGCAGGGACUAUGAGGAGAAUGGAGAGAAGAAGACUGAAACCACAUACACAUACAACACCGAGUGGAAGUCAGAGGUCAUCAGCAGCAGGCACUUCGAUCAGGAGGUUGGUCACAUGAACCCCAGCGCGAUGGCGGUGGAGAGCGUGAUGGUCGUGGCUCCGGACGUUUGGGUUGGGAAGCUCUUCCUGUCUAAAGGGCUGGUGGAGCAGAUCAAUGACUUCCACACGCUGAGUCUCCAAGGACUUCCUGUUCCUGUUAUGAACACCUUCCUGACGGUGCACGACGAUUACUUUUACCACACGGCAAACCCUCGACGUCCAGAGGUUGGAGACGUGCGCAUUCGUUUUGCUUACGCCGGACUGAGCGGUGAUGGAUUCUAUCCUGGCCCCGCCCACAAGGUGAGUGUGGUGGCGAUGCAGCAGGGCGAUCAGCUCAAGCCCUUCAGGACGCGCUCCGGAGACGUGCUGGAGAUCCUCUACAUGGGUGAUCUGUCAGCAGAGGAGGUGUUCACCAGAGAACAUCAGCUGAACAACAUGAAGACCUGGGCGCUGAGGCUCGGUGGCUGGGUGCUCAUGUUUCUGGGUGUUAGUCUGAGCACACGGAUCAUAUACACGCUGGUGGACUGGGUUCCUGUACUGAGGGAGCUGGUGUCAGCGGGGCUGAAGAUCUUCGCGCUCUGCGUCUCGUGUUCACUGUCUCUGCUCACCAUCGCAGCCGGAUGGAUCUUCUAUCGCCCCCUGCUGGGUGGGAUGAUCAUGCUGCUCGCGCUCCUGCCGCUUCUCCUCGCACACGCCAGAGCCCCGUCCAAGAAAAACCAAUGACUAGUCUGACAUCUCAAGCAACACCUCCAGCAGCCCUGAGCUUCUCUGCAUUUCUACACAGUGCUGCAGCCAAGAAGAUGGCUUUCUUUGGGUUUUUCAAUUCAGUAAACAUGACUUCUUGAUAAUUUUAGUUGUACAACAUAAACUGCACACAUUCACACCCAAAUGCUCUUAUGUAGUUAUAAAUGUACAUUUUUAAAAAUAAGCAUAACAGCUUCAAAAUUCAUGUUUUCAUUAUGGAUAUGUGUAAUUUAUAUUGUAGAGUAAAACCUCAAUAUUGUCAAGUUAUGUUUACCACAGAUCUUAUUAUGCACAGAAAAAGUGUCGUUUUCCAGUAAAAAUAUCUAAACAAUUUUAGAUCAAGAUUCAUUUACUAGAGAUUCACAAUAUAAUAAGAUAUUAAGUCUUCUUUUCUUAAAAAAUUAAAAAUGUUUGGAUAUUUGUACUAGAAAACUAUGAAAAUACAAUGCAAGACAAUCAUUUUUUGCAGCGCACUCAAACUAAAACCCAUUAUAAAAUCCAGUUAUUCUUCUGCGUUUCCACUUUUAUUUUUUCACAGGAACUUUAUUUACAAUCUGUUUUUGUGUGUGUGUGAAGGAGUGUGAAAUAAAGAGUGAAUCCUCAA